AUGUGUAUCGUUAUCUCGAUGGGUGGGUUUCUCUUCGGUUAUGAUACUGGUCAGAUCUCGGGAUUUCUGGAGAUGCAGGAUUUCCUCCAGCGAUACGGUGAGCAAAAGGCAGACGGUACAUACUACUUCUCGAACGUUCGAUCGGGCCUGAUUGUUGCUCUGCUGUCAAUUGGCACCUUAAUGGGCGCAUUGGUGGCCGCGCCAAUUGCUGAUCGGGUUGGUCGCAAAUGGUGUGUUAGUGGCUGGUGUGUGAUUCUCUGCGCAGGAAUCACGGUCCAGAUCUCUGCCCCAACAGGCAAGUGGUAUCAAGUUGCAUUAGGUCGAUGGGUUGCUGGUCUUGGUGUGGGAGCUUUAUCCCUCCUGGUUCCUAUGUAUCAAGCUGAGACUGGCCCCAGGCAUAUUCGAGGAUCCCUCGUUAGUACAUACCAGCUGUUUAUCACUCUGGGCAUCUUCGUUGCCAAUUGUAUCAACUUCGGUACCGAGGCCAAAACCAGCACAGCCUCCUGGCGAAUUCCAAUGGGAGUGACGUAUAUCUGGGCUAUAAUUCUCGGGUUCGGGAUAGCACUGUUUCCAGAAAGUCCGCGUCACGAUUAUCGAAAGGGCAAGGUGGAUAGGGCUAUCUCGACGCUGGCAAAAAUGUAUGGCAUUCCUAAGAACCAUCAAGCACUGCAGAUUGAGUUUGAUGAGAUCAAGAAAAAAUAUGAAGAGGAGGUGGAACGCGGCCAAGUAUCAUGGAUCCAGCUAUUCAAGGCCCCACGAAUGGCGUACCGUGUUGCUGUCGGGGUCGCCCUGCAAGCAUUACAGCAGUUGACGGGUGCGAACUACUUCUUCUACUACGGCACGACCAUCUUCCAGGGCGCCGGAAUCGAAAACAGCUACGUGACGCAGAUGAUCCUUGGUGCAGUCAAUUUCGGUUCCACAUUUCUGGGACUAUAUCUCAUCGAGAAUUACGGCCGUCGUCGCUCAUUGAUCGCUGGCGCGCUCUGGAUGUUUUGCUGCUUCAUAGUCUUCGCUUCCGUGGGCCAUUUCUCCUUGAAUCGGGAUGACCCGCCGGCGACUAAGAGCGCGGGUGUGGUCAUGGUCGUGUUCGCCUGUCUGUUUAUUCUGGGAUUCGCGAGUACUUGGGGCCCCAUGGUGUGGACGAUUAUUGCUGAACUAUAUCCGUCGGAGUACCGGGCGCGUGCGAUGUCUCUGGCGACGGCAUCCAACUGGCUCUGGAACUUCCUUCUGGCCUUCUUCACGCCGUUCAUCACGAGCGCGAUCGACUUCCAGUUCGGGUACGUCUUUGCCGGUUGUCUCUUCCUGGCUGCCGCUCUCGUUUAUUUCGCUGUCAUGGAAGGAAAAGGUCGUACCCUUGAGGAGAUCGAUACGAUGUACGUGAUGAAGGUGAAGCCAUGGCAGAGCUCCAAAUUUGUCUUUCCAGAAACCGAGCCGAGCAUCAUGGAGAAACGGAGAGCCUCUCAUGCUUCGAACCCGAGUACUAACCCGACAACCAUCGGCAACGAGCAUGAAACUACGGUGUGA